GGGGAGGGCAGUAGAAAGGUGAUCAAUCUUCAUCAGGCUACAUUUCCAAUCACCUAAACAACCGAGCAAGACAAGCCACUCCGACAAGGUUGGCUGCCCGGCGGGUCUCUGUGAGAGAUCCAGGUAGAUGGUGAACGUCCCCGGCAGCUGAGGGCAGGCCAGGCCCCCAGACGCAUCAGACCCUGAAGGACUGCGGUGGGAGCCCUGCACCGCUUCUGGCCCCUGGUCCCCUGGAUCCGUCGGGGCGCCUCCACCCAGCUGUUAGCAUGAUGUCUUACCUCAAACAACCCCCAUACGGCAUGAACGGGCUGGGCCUGGCCGGGCCUGCCAUGGACCUCCUGCACCCAUCCGUGGGCUAUCCGGUUCGGCUUUCUCUUGCGAAGGCCGAGCUCUGGGCCUGCCAGGGGCCUGCCCAAGUCCUCUAUCGCUGGUCCGCGUGGCCACCAAUGACCCGCGGCGCCCCCGCGUGUCCCUGCAGCCACUCCACGGAAACAGCGGCGGGAGCGCACCACCUUCACGCGUUCACAGCUGGACGUGCUCGAGGCGCUCUUCGCCAAGACUCGCUACCCUGACAUCUUCAUGCGGGAGGAGGUGGCGCUCAAGAUCAACCUGCCGGAGUCCAGAGUCCAGGUCUGGUUCAAGAACCGCCGCGCCAAAUGCCGCCAGCAGCAGCAGAGCGGGAGUGGAACCAAGAGCCGCCCAGCCAAGAAGAAGUCCUCUCCAGUACGGGAGAGCUCGGGCUCCGAAAGCAGUGGCCAGUUCACGCCGCCAGCUGUGUCCAGCUCUGCCUCGUCUUCUAGCUCAGCGUCCAGCUCUUCCGCCAACCCAGCGGCUGCAGCGGCUGCGGGACUAGGUGGGAAUCCGGUGGCCGCUGCGUCGUCACUGAGUACACCGGCUGCUUCAUCUAUUUGGAGCCCGGCCUCCAUCUCGCCAGGCUCAGCGCCCGCGUCCGUGUCAGUGCCGGAGCCACUAGCCGCGCCUAGCAACGCCUCGUGUAUGCAGCGCUCGGUAGCUGCAGGCGCCGCCACCGCAGCAGCCUCUUACCCCAUGUCUUACGGCCAGGGCGGCAGCUACGGCCAAGGCUACCCUACGCCCUCCUCUUCCUACUUUGGCGGCGUGGACUGCGGCUCAUACCUAGCGCCCAUGCACUCACAUCACCACCCGCACCAGCUCAGCCCCAUGGCACCCUCCUCCAUGGCGGGCCACCAUCACCACCACCCACAUGCGCACCACCCGUUGAGUCAAUCCUCAGGCCACCAUCACCACCAUCACCACCACCACCACCAAGGCUACGGUGGCUCCGGGCUUGCCUUCAACUCUGCCGACUGCUUGGAUUACAAGGAGCCUGGCGCCGCUGCUGCUUCCUCCGCCUGGAAACUCAACUUCAACUCUCCCGACUGUCUGGACUAUAAGGACCAAGCCUCAUGGCGGUUCCAGGUCUUGUGAGCCCAGGAAUGAGAGAGGAGAAGAAACGCAACUACCUGCGCCCUCCGUGGUCCCCAUCCUGUUGCUGCUGCUGCACCGCCCGCCUUUGCCUCGACUUCUCCAAAACUGAAUUUUCACCCCCCCAAAAGAUGUCCAUUGCCUGCACUGCCGCCCCCAUUUUUGUGCCACUUGCUUGGGGGGAUGUGCAAACCCGCCCUACCCCUUGGAUGGGGGGACCGGUGCUUCGGCUUGGCCUACACAUUCUAUACAGGAGAGAUGUAUUCUCUCCCCCCUUCAGCCCCUACUAAACUCCUAAGUCUCCCCUUCCAAUCUUUCUGGACAGCUAUUAAGCACUUGCAGCCUUCGGAGGCUCUUCGCUCUGAUCCGCUGUUUGAGCCCAACACUAAUUUAUUCUUUCUGGACGCUGGAGUCACUAACUGGCGUGUUUCUGCCCAUUGGAGCACCCACACACUACUCCAAAUCAAAACCACUAAGAGUUCCUCCCGCGCAGACUGCCGCCCCUUCAGCUGCCCUCGAUUUUGCUCCACGCCUGCAGGCCAGAGCCUCUCGGCGUUUCUUCCGCCCCAGCUGAGUGCGCUGGGGCGCGCCAGGGCUAGGCCCGCCGGAGGAGCGCGCCCCCAGCCUUCCGCGCACAGAGCCGCAUCCCGCCCCGCCCUGCGCUGGACUGGUUCAAGCUUCCGCCUCGGCGGGAAUGCUGUACAUAGUCAGGUCCGUUCCAGAGACCACUUAAAACUUUUUAGUUGCUGUUGGUUGGUUGAACUGAACAUGUCUUAGCACCCAGGAAACAGAACUUUAAGAUAUAUACAGCACAUAUAUAUAUACAUAUAUAUACACAUAUAUAAAAAACAAAAGCAAAACAUAUUUUCCCUCUGUCCGUUCCCCUUCAGCUCUUCCUCAAUCAAUGGCGCUUUUUCUUUUUCGGUUGUUGCAAAGCUGCCCUGCCCUCUUCACAUCUUCUCCCUCUGUGUAUUUAUUGAAGAGAACCGCUUGGUUUUAGGAAGCUGGGCACGGGGUAUCAGAAGUGUGGAGGAAACAGACAAGUUGGGGUACAGAGGUGGGGGCUGGGCAGGGGCGCAGGGCUGACCCCCUCACCCGGUCUAAGCACAGUGUCGCAAUUCCAGUUUACAAACCUAAAACAAGAAAACCAAAACCAGGGAACAAAAAACAAAACAAAACAAAAUCCGUAAAAGUACAGCAUUAGGGAAAAACAGACAAACCCAGGCCCCAAACCCAGUUCCAACUCCUCUGUCGGCUUCUCUCUUUCAACACCCUUGUUUUGUCUAGUGAGUUUUUAGUGCACCUUCGUUCUCCGAAAUCUGCGGAGAGCCCGCGCGCCUGUGUAUCAAUUUUGGCUUUGGCCGCUUCGUCCAGUAGGUGGGAAAGUAAUUUGUAAAUUUGAUUUGUCUGAUGUGAAGAUCACAAAUUACUUGUUGAAAUGUAAGGCAGUCCCCCUCCUCCUCUUUAUCUACAUUAAUUCCCGAAAAUAAAUGCAAAUUAAUGAACGGCU